AUGUCGCAACAGCCAUUGUCCUCGUCGGUGCAGCCGACUGACAUCUACGGUGGAGAUGAGGUCUCCGCCUUGGUUCUCGACCCAGGAUACUGCAGCACUCGCGCUGGCUUCGCAGGCGAGGAUGUCCCCAAGUCUGUGUUUCCGUCGUUCUACGGCCGUGUCGGUUCCAACGAUCCCCCGACCGACGUAUUUGGCGACGAGUGCCUCAUCCCCCGCGCCGACUUCGAGGUCCGCAACUACAUGAACAAGGACAGCGUCGUUGAGGACUGGGAUGUGGCCAACAAGAUCUGGGAGCACAUGCUCAUCACUCGCCUCCAACCCGCGCGUCCUACACCUCCUUCUAAGAACGGCCUUAACGACGACCCUAAGACGGAAGCCGAGGGAGGCGAGGCCAAUGGAGAUGUUGAUGUCGCCAUGGAGGAUGCCGAGACUCAGGAGAAGGCUCUGCAGGAGAACCCUCUUUUGAUGACUGAGGCGCCUUGGAACUCGGCUAAGUCCAGAGAGAAGGCCAUCGAGAUCAUCAUGGAGAACUGGGGCUGCCCUGCCUUCUGGCUGAGCCGAACGCCUGUCUUGGCUGCCUUUGCUGCCGGAAAGGCCAGCGCUCUCGUCAUCGAUGUCGGUGGCGCCAACACCUCCGUCACGGCCAUCCACGACGGUAUGGUUCUGAAGAGAUCCAUCCAGAAGUCCCCUGUCGGCGGUCUGUGGCUGUCUUCGCAGAUCCGUAGCCUCUGGGAGACAUCAGAGCCCAAGAUCGACCCCGUCCCUACGUUCCUCGUCGAGAACAAGACUCCCGUUGACGCGGGUGCACUCCCCCAGUUCAAGCAGCGCCAGUUCGGUUUCAGCAUUACUGACUCGUUCCGCACUUACGAGGAGGAGCGACUGCUCACCGAGUUCAAGGAGUCCGUCGUCGAGACUUGGCGCGGUCCCGGCAAGUACGCCGUCCCCCAGAACGAGGAGCUUGCCAAGCUCCAACCCGGCCGCGUCUUUGAGUUUCCCAACGGCGCCAACCAGAUGUGGCGCGAACAGCGGUACAAGGUCUCGGAGGGUAUGUGGGACGAGACGGCAGCGUUCCCGACGGCGAACGAGGAGCUGCGCCUUAACAAGAGCCAGACCAUCCCCGAGCUCAUCCGCGCGGCGCUCAAUGCCGUUGAUGUCGACCUGCGCCCUAACCUGCUGGGCAACAUCGUCGUCACCGGCAGCACCAGCUUGCUGAACGGCUUCAAUGAUCGUCUCAACAACGAGCUGACGACCAUGUACCCGGGCCUGAAGAUCAAGAUCCACGCUGCGGGUCUGUCCAGCGAGCGCCGCUUCGGUGCCUGGAUCGGUGGCAGUAUCUUGGCCAGCUUGGGCACGUUCCACCAGAUGUGGAUCUCGCGUAAGGAGUACGAGGAGAACGGUGUGAGCAUUGUCGAGAAGCGCUGCAAGUAA